UGCCACCUGGUGCUGAAAGAGCCAGCGUCUAGUUCCAGCAAGACACCCCCUAGAGCUCCACACUCCGUUACCUUUAAGUCACAGUUUGAAUUAAAAAAGAAAUACAAAUGGGUUGAGGUUGAUGUGACUGCCCUGCUGCAGCCUCUGGUGGCCUCCGACAAGAGAAGUGUUCACGUGUCUGUGACCUUGACAUGCGGGAAAGACCAGCGGCAGCACCCCUCAGCACAGGACAGGGCCCUCAGCCUGGCACGCCCCUCACUGCUUCUGUACCUGAACGACACCAGUGUGCAGGCUCAUCACAGGUGGUAUUCCCUCCGCUCUAAAGGGAGCCCUUCUCAGGCUCCUGACCAGGGAGGUCUGCCUGCCUGUCCUAUAGGAGAAGAGGCUGCAAAGGGAGUGAGAUCUUCCCGUCACCGGAGAGGACAGGAAACUGUCAGCUCAAGAUUGAAGAAGCCUCUGGUUCCAGCUUCUUUCAACCUGAGUGAAUACUUCAAACAGUUCCUUUUCCCCCAACACGAGUGUGAGCUCCCUGACUUUAGACUUAGCUUUAGUCAGCUGAAGUGGGACAACUGGGUUGUGGCCCCGCACAGAUAUAACCCCCGGUACUGUAAAGGGGACUGUCCAAGGGCAGUUGGGCAUCGGUAUGGCUCUCCAGUUCACACCAUGGUGCAGAACAUCAUCUAUGAGAAGCAGCUUCUCACGGAUAUUUUUUAA